ACCCUUGAAGAGGCGCAGAUUGGCAUCGACGUCUUAGACGGAUUCCACUACAAGUACAAACACAACUACGGCAAUGCUGGCAACGGUACUCGUAUCUACUGCUGCAUGUCCCAUGUUAAUUGCCCCAAACGGCUGCGGCUGUCUAAGGUGGAAGGCGAAGCCCAGGACGAAAGCGGAGCUCAGUUGGUUUUGGAGGAGACAGACAUGCAUGGAGACGAAGAUCAAGACACUCAGCGCCGUGGAAUUCACGGUGCGCUGAAGCGAGAGAUCGGCAGCAUUCUGUUCGGCGGCGCUGGACCAAAGAAGUGCCGGUAG